AUGAACGCCAACCCAAAACAACAAAACUACGACAUCGAGGCUUCGAGUCUGUGCGCAAGUAACAAAAGCUUCGCAAGUCUAAACUCCGUCUUCAUGUCAUCAACACCUCUCUUGUUCCCUUACCGUCAUGUUCCUCUGCUGAUUCCUCGGAACAACUCGAAUACCCUCUCAAUGGCCGAGUGCAUAUAUGCGCAUCUUAGGAGUCGAAAGCGACACAAUUCAUAUAGGAACCUUUGUAUCCUUCGUUGGCUCAAGCAGGUCAAGAAAGACGGGACUACGGUGGAGUUCCGUCUCUACUGGGAUGCACUCGAUACCCAACAGUGCAAUUCUUACGAGUCCGAAGCUGUUCAAUUGGAAAUGCAAGGGAGUGCCGCAUCGUGUUGCAGCAGCUUAAACAACUCUGGCACGACGACGCACGAUAUUGAUUCCUUUUCCAUCGUGUAUUCGUCCGGAUUUCCUGUCGAGAUCGUGCGAGGGCGGUUUCAGCUGGCGGUGCACGAUGCGGCACUCUCCGGAACUUCACGAACAUGCCCCGCUCAGAUGUCAGGUGCUGCUACAAUCAUCGUGUUCAGAUGCUACCUCAUCCCUGCUUCACACCUGAGCAGUUUAUCGAGGACAUUCGGAUGGUUCAGUGCGGACACGUUCCCCCUUCAGCUCCACAGCCAUUUUGUUGGCCUUGUUGGCCGGAAGGCGAAGACUGCACACUUCAUGCACGACCUGCAGCCGAGCGUGUUAGACGAUGACAGCCUCACGAAUGUUGUGGAGGAUGACCCUGAAGUCUCUAUCGAUGGCAUCUUGAUUAACCCCACAGACGAUAUCACUGAGGACGGUUUUACCAGUUCCCAGCCCGACUCUCUCUCCAGUGAUGGGGAAGAACACGAGCUAGAAGAUCAGGCUGUUGAUGACAAUACCAGUGUUGAAACACUUAUUGACAUAGACCCUGCCAUUCAGUUUAAUUGGUUUGUCAGUGUGGGCUAUUCUGGAGUUGGGCUGUUUAGAGACAUCUACGCUGCCCGCAAACUUCGUGCUGCUGGCACAACUGUAUACUACUUCUGCACGCUCUCUGAUGCCAAGAAGCAUUUCUGGGAGGUGUUCGAUGCAUGGUGCAGUGAGAAAGCUAUAUAG